UAACACCUUAUUUAUAACAACCCCCCUCCCGUUCAUCCUUUACAUAUCCCCCGACCUCCGAUAAGAUUUCUACUCAAUUGACUAGUCCACUCUUUCUAAUUUUCACAGUUCUGUAAUCUCCGGUGAUCACGCCAGCUCAAUUGUCCAUGGCACCGUUGGUCUCCAAGUUCCGGCCCUCCUUCCUGUUAUCCACCAAACCGCCUCGGAAAGCCGCAGCGGCCGCCUCCUCUCGCCCUCUGGAAGAAGCACUCGACGUCAGCCUCCGGUCACUCCGUUCGACAGACGACGAUGGCUCGCCUCUCACUCUCGCCUGGCUUACAAGAGUCGUCAGACUUCUCGCCUUCGCUCUGUCCCGCGCUGCGGCUCUGGUGUUCCAACACUCCCUUCCCGCCUCCGAUGAACUAGAUUCCCACCUAGACGCUUUUCUUCUUAUCCUCGACGCGUGCAAUGCGAUCUCAGCUCAAGUUGCGAGGAUGCAGAACCGGCUCCUCCAUCUCCGGCUCGCCGUCCGGUUCCUCUCCAGCGAGGAUGGCUCGCGGCGGAGGCCGGCGGAGAUGAUCCAGAAUGCGAGGAAGGCAAUAGCAGCAUGGGAGAAGAGCAAGCAGGACAUCAAAGUCCAGCGUCAUUCCAUGGGCGAGAUGCUCCGGCGAAUGAAACCGACGGACCCUCCUCGUGGAAGUGCGUCGUCAGUCUUGAGCAGGGCGUCGUACGCGGUGGAGAGCGUCUCGCAACUGGUGAUGGCGGUCGCAAUGGUGGCGCUCGGCCUGGGAGAGCCAGAGUUGCUGGGCGAGAUUCGUGUGUCCGACGAGUGGCCGUGGGUUCUCGGCUUCAACGAGGUCGCGGCGGUGGUGUCCAGCAGAGUGGCAGCGUCGAACCCCCUCGGCGAGCUGGAGGCGGUGGAGACGGCGGUUAGGCGGUUAAAGGAGGCGAUAGAUGAAGAGGAGGAUAGCGAGAGGCUAGGGACAGCGACUGAGGCGGUGGACAAUGCGACAAAAGCGAUGACGUCGGCAUUGAAUGGGUUGGCGGACGGCGUCAACGGAGCGUUUCACGCGGCGAUGGGGACGAGGAACGCGGCGUUGAGCAGGCUUCUCUCUGGAAUACGCGGCGGUAGAAUGAGUCGUACGUAACGACAGUAUGAAUAAAUUAAUUGCAAGGUGGCCGUCGUAGAAUAUCUUCAUACUUCAAAUUGCAAACGCAUCCCCUGAAUAAUGAUAGACUUCUGCUAAUGUAUAUCUUAUAAUAAAGUUCUAUUUCUAUCACAAA